ACAUGUGUAAUUUUAAAUUUCAUUAUUGUUGAUCAGUAAUCAAUUAUUUUUCCUUGUUGGAUGCGUGGUUUCUCUUCCAAUCAUACACUGCGAGAUUACAGACAAUAGUGCUCAUACAAUAAUUGUGAAAUCUACUAAAUCAUUGCGUCCCUUAAAAAAUAUCAUUUCAGAUUAGGCUUAAACCUUAUACGUAUUAAAACUGGUUAACAAAAAAGUGCCAUUGAAUUGAAAUAAAAUGUGAUUGAAAUACUGCAUAGCUUAGCGUGGAUAGAAUACACAAGAAUGAUACUAACAUGUGCCACAUACUAAUAUGAGUAUCGUCAACAGUGCGGUUAUUAUGUCAAUUGGUCUACGAGUAUUAAUUCGUCACGUAUACAUGAUGACCUAAAUUGUAGAAUUUCCUUCUUCCUAAAAUUGCGAGGAUCCAAAUCACAUUAGAUUCAAUGUAGUGUUCAAGUUCAACAUUAUUAUUUCAAUGGUGUUAAACCAAGAUCGACAUAGUUAACUUCAACUAUCGUGCAAACUUUUGCACAUUGUGAGUCAUUUUGCAUACGACUGCAACACAUAAUUUCAAUUGUCCAGACUAUUGUCUCCGUUAAGAAUUUUGAAGUGAAGUAUCAUUGAGCAUAUGCUGUAUAUUUUUUAAUCGUUAUAAAUAUCUGUGGUCAAGACUUUUUAUAAACUUCACAGAGUGCCCGCAACUGGGUUGAACCGAAGUUUGCCAAACCAAAAGAUUUUUACGUUGUAACCCUAGAUUUGUAAAUGUCAUGAAAAAAUCAAGUUCGACUUUAUUUAGCAAUGCGACUUAAACGAAGACUGACAAAUACUGAACCAAGUAAUUUAACAUAUUCAGUGAGCUUUGUGAGAGUGCAACAUUACUUGUUUUCCUUCAAUUUAGCGUGAUGAUUCUUAUAAUAGCCAUUGAUGAAUACUUGCUUGAAAAGUUGCAUGCAGUCAGUCGUACAUAUAAUAUUGUUUCGCUAUAGUAGUGGUCCAUUCCAUCGACAACAAAUCCUAAUCCACGACCGCUGUCACAAAUACCAACUGGCAUCCAUUGGCAUCCUCUCUCUCUAUUGUCAGAAUUUAACACUUUUCAGUUUGUCUCAUCUUCGAUGUAAUCCAUUACUUUUGGGAGCAGAGGAAAAGGCCUGUAAAUUACCAAUCAUCGUUCUCAUGUCCAACUCGGAAAAUCUGUGUCAAAGUGUUUGGAACAACUUAAGUAGUGGUCUCACUUCGCGUGUGGCAUUCAUCUCUGGAGUGUCAAUGUCUGCAUACAUACAGAUGUACAACAGUGGCCAAUAAAUUUUAUUGUUUGUGUCUGUAAAAUGUUCAGUUGGAUUUAAAUUCGCAGUGGUUACAGGGUUACUAGUAAGUAGUACUAAAUACAGACACUGUCUCACGACUAUGUGCACAGAGUGAAGAUUACUUAUUGGCCCUUAGCUCACUAUAUUGUGCCAAUAUUUGCAUAUUUCUGCUGUCCAGUAAAUUUUUAAUAUUUUAUGUUACACGUCCCCUCAGCAAAGAAAGACUGCUAAAGUGGUUUUCGAGGCACUUUUCAAGAAUUCGAAUACUUGUUAUGAUAAAAGUGCAUCAUUAAUAACAGUGCAAUGGACAUGAGGGUAAGCUUUUUCGGAAGGAAAAGGAUGGAACUCCUGCAGAAAAUGUCACGCUUGUGGCUGCCAAACCUCUCAGAUCUUCGCUCAACAAAGGAAACACGAGCACCGUUAGUCCCAUCGACUCUUCUGGGGUCACGCCCCGAGAGGGAUGGGUCGCUGACCCAUCAUCUGCCAGACCUUCUGGUCCGGUGUCCUUCGACAGAAAAAAAUCAUGGACUGGAACCGUGAUUCCCAGCCCGGCUGAAAUUGCAGAAAGUAUGGAUAAGCACCGACGAGUAAUUCUCAACGUGGGCGGAGAAAGACAUGAAAUUUUAUGGGCAAACUUGGAACGCCACCCUUAUACCCGUCUUGGUCAACUGGGAGAAUGUUCUACCCACGAAGAAAUUAUGGACGUUUGUGAUGAUUACGAUUUGAACAUGAACGAGUAUUAUUGGGACAGGCAGCCUCGGUCGUUCUCGCUUAUUUUAAAUCUGUACAGGAAAAAUAAGCUGCAUUUCCCUGAGGAUUCUGUGUGUGUCAUGGAUUUUGCAGACGAUUUGCAAUAUUGGGGAAUAGAUGAGCUUUAUCUGGAUUCGUGCUGCCAAAUUAAAUACCAACAAAAAAUGGAGCAACAACUGGACGAACUUAAGAAGGACGAAGAAUUUCUCUUGCUCCACAAAGAGGAGGACUUUGGAAAAGGCAUGCUAGCCGAAUACCGAGCUUAUCUAUGGGAUUUGUUUGAAAAAUCAACUACAUUGCCACAGAAGAUAACUGGAAUGAUGUCGAUAACCAUUAUUGUAACUUCGAUUGUCACCUUGUCAUUAUCAACGGUUCCCGAACUCCAAGGAUAUCGAUGCACGCAUAAGAAUCAGACGCUAUGUGAUGAAAUCUUAACCGAAACUCUCAGCUCUUCCGACCACCUCUCUUUGCCCAAAGAAUAUUUUGAAGAAGCCGACAAUGAGAUUCUUGAUAAAAUAGAAAUUGUUUGCAUUGCUUGGUUCACCUUUGAGUAUAUCAUUCGACUCUUUGCAGCUCCAAAACUUUCCAGCUUUUUCCGAGAAUGGCUGAAUAAUAUUGACCUACUCGCCAUUGCCCCUUUUUACGUGUCGCUAUUCCUCGUCCAAUUCGAUACCCCCGGCCGAGUUUUGCAAGUCCUCCGAGUUAUUCGAAUUUUACGAAUCUUUAAAUUGGCAAGACAUUCAACAGGUUUACAAAGUUUAGGGUUCACACUACGGCACAGUUACAAGAAUCUCGGGGUCCUACUUCUUUUCUUAACGGUGGGAGUGGUAAUAUUUUCUACAUUAGCAUAUUUUGCGGAAAGGGACGCCAACAAGGACGGAUUUGAGAGCAUACCCCAUGCUUUCUAUUGGGCAUUAAUAACGAUGACCACAGUCGGUUAUGGAGACAUUACACCUAAGACUGUGACUGGGAAAAUAAUUGGGAUGGCCACUGGUAUUUGUGGUGUGAUUGUAAUCGCAUUGCCAAUUCCAAUCAUUGUGAAUAAUUUCGGGCUAUUUUAUGAAGAGCAAAAACGAAAAGAAAAAUCCCUGAAGAGACAAAAGGCAAUCCAAGAUCUGAAGGAUUCUGAGCAUUCAAAUCAAGGUAGUUACCUCAAAGUCACGAUACGCAACCCCUUGGGUUUGGAUGAGAAAAAGGACGACAAAAAUACUCCCGUCGAGAAUAAUUCCUAAAAAAGCUUAUUUCUACAACAUACAUGUAUAACUAAUUAUCAACUAAGGGGCCGUCCAUAAAUUACGUAACGCAAGAGGGGGGAGGGGGGGUCAUGGGAAGAGCGUUACGAAUUGUUAUGUAGGGGGAGGGGGGUAUAACAAAUUUGUUACGUAACAGGUUUCAGUGUACGCAUGCAAAUACGUUUUUCAUUAUGGUGCUCACAUUAAAAGAAGAGCAAAAUUCUUGCCUACUUGUAAACCAUCAUUCCUCCACAGUGACCUCGGAGGGCGAUGGUGUGACGUAAGUUUCAUGAUUAAUUGAGCCUUACCUUUACGAUGAGAAUUUGAUCGGAAUUUGCCGAUCACCUGAGCCACAACGAGGUCACUUAGGCGCCAUGAUGGUUGUCAAGAAUUGUACUCAUCUAUUAAUGGUCGUACGAUAGUUUUCCGGGUGCAACUUGACAAAAGGUUCCAUUGUGAGUCUUGGUAAACGUUGAGAGACCUGUAAGAUUUACAAUUUCCAUUUCUUGUCGAAUAUGAUUUCGGUUGUUCUUGAACAAGAAAUUCACAAAAUUCUAAUUUAUCUAGCAAUUUAAAAGAAAUAGAAGCAAUAAAAGCGACAUUUGUCUACACAACCUGGAACAAAUGAAAAUUUUGUAAGACUGUUACUGUUACUGUUACUGUUAAAGAAAUUACCUGCGGUGAAAUCAAAUUUACGUUACGUUACGAAGGGGGAGGGGGGUAGUCGAGAAGCGUUACGAUGCCGUUACGAGGGGGGAGGGGGGGUCUAAAAAAUGAUGAUUUUUGCGUUACGUAAUUUAUGGACGGCCCCUAAUGCCAAUGCUUGCUACUCGUUCCCUCAGCUCUCUAACAUUAUCUUGCAAAUCAGCAAUUGAUGAUAAAUACUCAAAACACUUACAUAUUAAAGAUUUUGCAUAAUG